AAACCGAUGUGCCCCGGAUGUGAAACGGCAGCAGUUUUGCUAAAGCGAAAGACCCACUCACUGAUAACUGUGGUCCACCUCUGCUGAGACAAUGUCUGACAGUGACGGGCCAGGACAAGAGCCUGCUGGACUGGAUGGUCUGCCACCAAUGCACAGCAUUUCCAAGGGAGAGGUGGUGUCUGUGCAGACCUAUGGAGCCUUCGUCAGACUGCCAGGAUACAAGAAGGAAGGCCUCGUACAUGUGAGUGAGAUGUCAGCCACACGGGUAGAGAAUGCCUCAGAGAUUGUCGAUGUGGGGGAGAAGGUGUGGAUUAAAGUCAUCGGAAGAGAGAUUCGGGGUGACAAAGUGAAGUUGUCCUUCUCAAUGAAAGCUGUCAAUCAGGGAACAGGUCAGGACUUGGACCCAAACAAUGUCAUGGCAGAGCAGGAUGCGAGGCGACGUAGGCAGUUUAGAGAUCACACUGGCAAUAGGAUCACACUGGAGGCCGUACUCAACACAACGUGUGCUAAGUGUGGCUGCAAGGGUCACUUCACAAAGGACUGUUUCUCUGCUCCGGGCUUGCAGUACGCUCUUUUGCCUGAAGAGGAUGAUGACGAGUCACAACACCAGCAGCAGCAGCAGCAGCAGCAGCAGCAGCAGCAGACCUCCACAGUUGCGCCACUGCCAGACGCGGAUAAAAAGAAGAAAAAAAAGAAGGAGAAGAAAAUGAAGAAGAAGAGGAAGAGGGAGAGGAAGGAGUCGGGGAGCGACGAUAGCAGCAGUAGCAGCAGCAGUGGCGAGUGCAAAUCCAAGAGGAGGCGCCGCGACCACACUCAUGACAGAGAGGACAAAAAGAAGAAGAAACACAAGAAACACAGAUCACACAAACACAGCUAAGACAGCCACACACACACACACACACACACACACACACACACACACACACACACACACACACAGAC